CUCUCAGUUAAUGAAUAACACAUCUUUAGUUCUUAGAAAAUGGGUGAAAAAGAUAAGUUUAGGCGUGAGGAGGAAGACGAUGAUGAAUUACUAGAAUUUAUUUCUUUGCUUCUACUCGUGAUUAUCCCUAUCGUAUUAAUCUAUGGAUUAUGCGUAUAUUGUUUCAAACAAAAACAAAUAGGCUUAAGAAAAAGGAAGAUUCGAAAAAAUGAAGUAUGUACUCGAAUGGCAACUCAUCAGCCAUCUACAAAUGAUUUAUUGAGGGUAUAUACGGUACCUUUAGAACCAGAUUCUUCAAAUAACUCACAUGUUAUUGAAAACAAUGUAAAUCACAGAAGCUGUCCAACUUGUUCAUGUCGCCAAAAUGAGUCAAGUUCAAUCAAUAAUGAUCCUUCUUUACCAGAGUCUGAAGAACAUCAUGAAUCACCAGAUCCUACUCUUCCAAGUUACUCACAAGUUUUGAGUAAAUCUCCACCAAAUUUUUACACAAUACCCAAUUAAUGGUUUAAAAAAAUAGUCAUAUACUCUUUA